AUGGCCAUAUCCUUAAUGUCUAUCAAAUGCAAGAAUGCCAUUGACUUAGGUACCUCAUUUCUACAACACCAGCCAUCAGCCAAAAUAAGCGCAGCUGCUCCCACCACGGCUGCACUUCACCUGAAUCGUGACUGUGCCCCUCUGCGCUGUGACCCUGGAAAAGGAGGGGAGCGCUCCCAGCGGCACGCCAGCGCGGGCGGGAACGGCGGCAGUCGGAGACUGAUUAACGGGGCGGGCAACACCAUGGAAAGGGCUGCGGAAAGGCAGGUGGUCAAGAUCUGGAUGAAAACGCAGCUCAGUAAAACGGCGGGAAAUUGGUGCGUCUCAAGCGCUUGUGUAUUUAACUCCCUUUUUCCGAUGUUUUCAGGACAGGGAUUUGCAUUUCGGAGGAAACAAAAGAUCCAAAGAGAAUACCGAAAACUAUUAAAAAGGGAAAGAAAGGUCGGGACACAGCGGGAUAUUCAGUUUACUGAUACUUAUCCAGAACACUUGAAACAUCUCUACCUCGCUGAAGAAGAGAAGCUUAAGAAGCAGCGCAAGGCUACAAACGACCCCGUUUUGUCAGAAGAAAAGCUUAAUAAAGUAGUAGAGCCAGUUACAACUGAAAGGAAGUUUAAGAAGAAAACGUCCAAUCAGAAGGCAAAAGAAGAGUAUGAGAAAAUAAAGGCUGAACGUGCCAGGAAGAAAGAGGAAGCAGAAAAAAGAAAACAACAAAGAGAAGAAGCUCGACGGUUGUACAAGCAAAAGAAACUGGAGGCUUAUAAAAUAUUGAGUAAGAAGACCAAAAAAGGACAGCCAAAUCUCAACUUGCAAAUGGAGUUUCUCCUUCAGAAAAUACAACAAAAUACAUAAAUCUCUGCAAAUGUCUUACAUUUUCAGUUAGCAAUCAGCUAAUUACAUGUGGAUAUUUUAUAAAAUGACUUUUAAUAAAUAAUGUCUUUAGGCUUCUAUAUGACUUUUGAUUUAUUUCAUCAGUCCCAUAAGGAAGGAUAUAGACUGAAAAUUUUUAUUCUGUGCUGAGAUUGCGUGUGGUCUUGUACCUUGAAAAUUAAUCGUCUGAGUUUCCAAACUAAAUUCUAUUAGCUAUAUACUGUCCCGAAUUUCAAACCAUUAGCACCUAAUACAAUUGGAACAUCUGUGUGUUUUGGCUAGAAUGCUUUUUGCGUCAGUAUCCUCAGGCUUUUUCCACCUUAUCUCUUCAUACUUUUGAUAUCUAGGCUUUGCAUCCUUGCUGUAAUCUCAUUUAGGAGAGUAUCAACAAAAAAAAGUGGAAGCUUUUCUUGCAGUGGGCAUGCGUAUGCCUCUUGGAGAGAAAGUAAAGGCUAUGUGAAUGUGAUUAAUCCUUUAAUUAUUCGUGCUGCAUAUGAUAUGCUUGUAUUAGUGUUACAGUUUUCCUUAUGCGUUUCUCUGAUAUUUGCUGUAACUGGCAAUUUUGAUUAGCUCUGAGCUGAAACGUUAAAGAGCAGAAAUUUGCAAAGUAUCCAGAAAGUGGUGUGAAUUUUGUUGGGUACUGGUAGAAAAAGUGAUAUUGGUUCUGGUAAAGGUAAAUUCUAUAAUACAUGAUCUGUUUUUUUUUUUCCCUGUUCUAGCCUAUCAGCUUUUAAAAAAAAAAAAAUACAGACUACAACAAUUUGUCGCUAUUAGAUUUUUUUUAAUCAGUAGUGAACAAAACUUAAAAUGUUAAGGUUAGUGUAACUUGUGGGCAAAAGAAACAUCAUCGGUGUGAAUGGUUGAAGUUCUAUCAUUUUAUGUUUGCAUCGAUCCAUUAGCUAAAAGAUAUUAAAAGAUCAUAUAGGAUAAGAAAAUACUUAAAACAUAUUCAGAGUUAUCGGGCAGAUAUCAUCAUCUGCCAUGAUGUCAGCUCUCUGUUUAUACAGAGAAGAUUUCAGAAAAUCCCAGGUCUUAAGCUGAUAAUGCAUUGAUCAAUGUCUAUUCUGAGUUACUGGUAUUACUGUAGAUACUGGUAUACUAUUUAUAUGCCAGUGCCUUUUAAACAUGAUGUUUAUCUGUAAAGCAUUUAGGAUAAAGUUUGUGAAAUCCAAAAAAUCUUUUCUUAUGUUAAAUUGCGUGAAAAAUUUACUGUUAAAACAUUCCAUGUGCUUGCUCUUGAUGAAGAAUUGGGUAGGUAAUAGGAUGCAGUAAGUUAAUUAGUUCCCCUCUUUAGGGCUUGUGGUGUAAUUUUACUGUAGACAUUGUUUUACAAAUUUACUCAAAAUAUAUGUAUCAUGUAACCAA